AUGGCAUUGCUAAUUUUAGUUUCAGCAAUUCCGUAUGCCACUCACAAUUGUGUUCAUUAUUUGCACGAUUCGAAAGAUACCAGUGCUGUGCGAGUACAACCAGUUACGAAUAAGAUUACAACCUGCUAUCCUAUUUAUGGACAUUUAUUCCAGUACUGUGCAAAUGCCAUGUUAGGGUACCAAAAUCAUUCUGACCUACUGAAGUUAAUCUACACGAAGGAAAUGAAUCCAAAGAAAGAACCUUGCAAGGACAUUGCCUGCGCAAUUCAAGUCUGUUUAAGAGAUAAUCAUUAUCAAGAAGAUAAAUGCAAAGAUAUACUCGAAGCCAUGAGACGUUGCUGUCUUAAGCCAAAUGCAAAAAAUAGCAUUUGCUGCUCAGGAUUUAAGUCUAAAGAGUAA